AUGAGGAAAGAUAUAUUAGAAUAUUGUCAAGCUUGUGAAAUUUGUACCGCUAAUAUGACAUCAACUUAUAGAGCCCUAUUACAUCCCCAUGAACUUGCAAAAGCCCCUUUUCAAGUGAUUGGAAUGGAUUUCUUAGGCCCUAUUACUCCCGUUUCUCCUAAUGGAAAUAGUUAUAUCUUAGUUAUCACUGAUUAUUUUAGUCGCUGGGUAGAAGCAGUAGCAUUGAAAGAUCAAACUGCCCAAACCACAGCUGAGUGUGUAUAUAAAACCAUUAUUGUACGGCAUGGAAUGCCAAAAGCUAUUGUUUCUGAUCGUGGAACAAAUUUCACAUCGAAAUUAUUCCGCUAUUUUUGUAAAAAGUUAAAGGUUGAUCAAAGGCUCACCACUGCCUACAAUCCUGCUAGUAAUGCUUUCCAACGAGUUCGCGAAGAAACCGAGAAAGCUCGGAAUCGCCAGCGCGAACAAUAUAACAAACGAGCAAAAGAAAAGAAAUAUGUUGUAGGUGAUAAAGUCUUAUUAGAUAUUCGUGUAGUUAAGGAUGGCGAUAGUAGGAAGUUUACAUCUAAAUAUAAAGGUCCUUAUAGAGUAGUAAAAGUUUAUAAUAAUAGUACUGUAGAUAUAGCUGAUAGUUCUUAUGUAUGUCAACGUACGCACGUAAAUCGUUUAAAACCAUUGUACGAGACAAUGUUGUGGAAAACGGAACCUUGUCCCCCAAUUGAGAACCCCUCCGAUUUUGAAAACCGAUUUCGCAAGUCAAUUGCGACGCAACCUCAAGACCAUGGCAUUGCCAUGGAAGAUCAAGAUCAUGAAGAAAUAUUGGCAAGUGACGAUUACGAAGAUGACACCACGCAAACAACUGAACAUUUUGAAGAUGUAAAUGUAUCUCAACAACAAGCUGAUGUCGUCAGCGUUCAUCGUCCUUCAUCGGAAGAUAAUAUUUCUAACACAGAAGAAUCAGACAACGAAACACAAUCAGCUCAACAUGAAGCAAUUAAUGAAAAUGACUCCGCACGCGCCGAAGUGGAGGGAACCGAGAGUUUGCCAUCCGAGCCAGAAGAAGAAACACCAACUGAGAACCCAGAACUACUUCAAGAAACCAGACGCCCGCAACGCAAUCGACAAAAGCCUCUGCGUUACCGAGAUGGAGUCCAAUAG